AUGGCGUAUUCACCACCAAUGGACGAAAUAGAGAGUGAACAUAUGCUUUAUAGAACUCCAUUGCUGACACCGCAUGUCAGCGACUCAAGUACAUUAGAUUAUUUCGAUUUAGAGUGCUCGUUUUCGCAGAGAGAGUAUCAACAGCGUAUGCUAAAUCUAACGAAUGGUUUGCAAAAAUUUGCUGAACUUUCUUAUCAUUCAAAUAACAGUGCAAACGAAUCAGAUAUUCAAGAUCAACAAGCGACAGAGGCAUCUGAUGAUAGUAUUAAUUCUUGUCAAAGACAAGCCAAACAUGUCAAUAAUAUCAAUGAGUCCCUUGACUCCGGAGAAAAUCAAACAAAUGCUAUCUCAAUCGUUCAAUCAAACAGUCCAUUGGAAGAAAAUUAUUCUUCAGUUACGUCAGAUACGCAAACUAUAUUGGUAGAAGAACAUCAUCAACGACCGGUGCUUCAUUACAGUCAUAGUCGAUGUGUACCAUAUAACGAUGAUGAUGAUGAUGAUAGUGGCGAUAUAUCGACAAGUAAAGAUUCAUUGACAGACACAUCUGAAAUAUCAUUAGAUUUUACUGAAAUUGUGGAAAAAGAUAAGAAUAAUCUUGGACAUAUCAUGAUAAGUUAUGAUCAAUCUACACGAGCAAUAUGUAUGAAAAUAUCGAAAUAUUUAAAAAAUCGCACCUAUCUUGUCUGGAUUGACCGAGAUAAUAUCACUGGUGACGUUCUUACUUCCAUAGCAACAGCUGUCGAAAAUUCAUUUGUCGUUUUAAUGGCAAUCAACGAAGAAUACUUUCAAAAUCAAUAUUGUCGUUUAGAAGCACAAUAUGCUGUUGAACGAAAUAUUGCCUCUAUCCCCAUGCUGAUGCAGCCUGGCUACCGUUCUCAGGGAUGGCUCGGCAUAAUCAAUGGUGCUAAAUUACAUAUUGACUUUUCUCAACUUCCGUUCGACGAAGCAUGCCUUUUAUUAGUACGAGAAAUCGAAGCGAUCCGAGUUUCGUUAGGUGCAGAUAAAAGCAGUUCGACAAGCGCAAUGAAUAUCGAUCAUCAGAUGUCAACGACCACAAUGCACAGUUCAUGGUCCUAUUCGCAUAAUGUACAUGACUGGUCAGCCAAUGAUGUGAUCGAAUGGUUGAAUAAGGAAAAACUUGAAGUUUUUCAGCAAACAUUGAGCCAUUUUACCGGUGCAACACUUUGGCAAUUGUAUAAAAUCAAAAUUGAUUCUCCAGCAGAUUAUUAUCGAAUGGUCGAAGUUUUAAUUUCGCCAACAAUUCCACAUCGAUUGUUUUAUAUAUUAACAUUCAAUGCGGCACUUGAAAAUCUGUUUUCGGCAUCAUUUCCUUCUCUACAUCAGUGA